AACCGCGGCAGAACGAGAGAGAGGGGCCAGGUAGGGGAGUAGCGCGAGUCAGAGAGUAGGGGUUCCACCGUCGGAGGCGGGGUUCUUCCCGGUCUGUCGAGUAGGGGCAAUCCCGAGGGUCGGUUCCUUCAGACGAGUCUUAACAUUCGAACCGGUGUCUUCGUUCUUAAACACAGUAACUAACAUAAGUGCAACACUAGCCUUUUAUGAUAGAUUCACGGUAACAAUCCAAGUUUCUCGUGGUCCACAGAUCGUCCAUGAAUUUCGAUCAGAAGCACCGCCGUGUUUAGUUGACGAUUGAGUUAAACUGCGCACCGAGUGUCGCCCGAAAGAUGCCCGAUCGUCAGUGUGAUCGAAGCACUUGACCGAACCUCGGAGGAAAGUGAAGUUCGAAACAUGCAGAGCACGCAGCCACCGGUGAGCCUCCAGGCGAAGCGGAUCCAGGGGUAUUACCUUCUGAACAACGACACCAGCGCUGGACUUCCACACAGCACUGGCAGUUCAGCCAGCAACUCGCCGAAUCACUAUGGCAGAUUCUCGCCACCGACGCGUCUGAUGGACCUAAGCAGCCCGCCGCAGCACAGAGACCUGUCCGGAUACCAGAAUCACCAUCAUGUCCAUCAUCAUCAUCAUCACCAGACGCUGUACCAGGAGCAGAAUUACUUGAUGUACGAGAACGCCGGCGAGGAGAGGAGGUACCAGGAACAUCAUCCGAACGGGAAAAUUCUCAGAGAGCUUCAGACCGAGUAUGACACACGUCCCCACGACAAUUCCCCGGGAUUUCUUUCGGACCACAGCAGGGAUCACGAGCAGGGCAUGUACCUGACACCGUCGCCUCAGAUGUACUCCUCCGGGAGCGAGGAGCCCAGACAGCAGCCACAGCAAGGUUACCACCACGUGGAGCCGGUCGAGUACAAGCCAGAUGUGAUGGAGUACAAGCCCGACAUGGAGGAACAGCAGAGGUACAAGCAGCAGAUGGAGAUGGCGCAGAUCACGGAACCGUCCUCCUCGACAACGAGCUACGGGACGGAGCAGUCCAGGGGAGGCUGCGUGAAGAGGAAGAGAAAGUCGAGCAGCAUCGAGCCCGAGUCCGAGACGGAGAGCAACGCUUCAUCGACGAGGAGCAAGGUUAGGAGAAGAAGCGGGGCGACGUUCGAGGAGAUACAGAACCAGAGGGUGAUGGCUAACGUGAGGGAGAGACAGAGGACUCAGAGUUUGAACGAGGCGUUCGCCGCCCUCAGAAAGAUCAUACCGACGAUGCCCAGUGACAAGUUGAGCAAGAUUCAGACGCUGAAGCUUGCCACCAGGUACAUCGACUUCCUGUUCCAGGUGUUGCACUGCAACGUAGAGAACACCGACACCGAGGACCUUGGCGAGAGAAAUUUAAGGAGCGCUGUCCUGGCCGCCAGGGAAAUAACCACCUCGUCGUGUAGUUACAUGGCCCACGAGAAACUCUCGUACGCUUUCAGCGUUUGGAGAAUGGAAGGCGACUGGAACUCGAAUACCUAGCGAACGUUUCUCUCCAGUGCGAUUUCUCGACGAUGCAAAAUGUCACAUCUCGACGACUUUUUUGCACUGUCACAGCUUCGACGAAUAUUCGGGUAACGUCUCGUCUUUCGCGGGAGGGAUUGACACUUUGUGCGCGCGCGUGUUCUUGGUGAAACGAUACGUCGAUCUGUUAUUUUCGCUGGCACGAGAGUAUCGAGCAUGAAAAAAAGAAAAAGAAAAGAAAAAAAAAUUGUGAUUCCUCGGGAUGAAGAGGACCUGCCUGUGUUUUGAAGCAUCUACGUCACUGCGUAGGAAUGUUGGUAACAUUAGUCGAUUUCGACGCCUCUUCGCGAAGAGAUAUUGAAAGUACGCGUGUUCUUCGUAAAACCCGCGAGGCGCCGAUUUCGUAUUUUUGCUGGCACGAGAAUAUCGAAAUUGAGCGCGAGAAUGAUUGAACAUUGAAUGGUUGAGCAUUGAUAAUAUUAGCAGAGACUUGGCAAGUGCCGAGUUAUCCUUUUCUGCAAUUUUCUUUCUUUUUUUUUUUCCUAUGAAAUUUCUUGAGUUACGAAAUUGACAACUGGACAGCGGAUUUUCGUGGAAAUUCACGUU